UUUGCCAGAGUGCCGUCAGCUCAAUGGCGUGCAAAGUUCUCUGUUUUUCGCCCCAGUGACGAGUGCGCCGGAAUGCCACCGAGAUGAGCAUGGGACAUGGGACAUAGGACAUGGGACAUGGAGCACCGAUAUUUCGGCAUGGCGCCGGUCGCUCAAAGUCGGGUAGUCGGAGCUUCAGGACCAGGUGGAUGGAAAUGGUGGUGGAGGUGGAGUGUCCUGGGUGCCGGGAUGAGGACGUUGAGCUGCUGAUUCGAUUUUCUGCAGACAUGCACUUUUCCCAGCAAGGUGCUGCAGCAAUGGGAACACCAGGAGCUCUAAUCCCUGCGCCAAGUAACUGUUGCUCCGGAUGGGGCUGCUCCGAACCCGAACUGAACCGUUCUGCACUGGGCUUUACUAAUUUUGGUUUUAAUUAAAUUCAAACUAUGUUGACGCUGCCGGCACUGACGACCUCCGACGAACGGCAAUCACGUGGGUGCGAUGGCCAUGAUUCCCGUACUCCCAGUACUCCUCGGCUGCCUCAACUCCUCAUCAUGAUGAGGAGAACGAUGAUGAUGAGGCUGCUCCAUUACUUAUGUAGCUAAAUUUUAUGCACCUCCUAAUUGAAUGACCGAAAUGUAAAUUGAAAAUGCCUGAACAGCUUAAAUGGCAAGGCACUUAAAGACCCAGGGGACUGCGAAGAAAUA